AUGUUCUCCUUCUUAGUAUCUGGCUUGGGUCUUGUAGUCUUUGCAGUCCCAGGCGUAAAUGCAGGUAGUCGAGCUUGGGAGUCCAAUGUCAGGUACUCGCGUGCUGUGCAGCACGAAGCUAUCCAGGCUCGCGACCUUUCGUUCCAGUCUUAUGGCAAUAAUACAGACAUGAUCAAAAGUCGUAGUAUUAGCCAGUAUGAGCCGUUACCCAAUGCCGAAUACCAUUAUCACAAUGGUAGCUCCCAGUCAAUUCACAAGCGUUGGUUUGGCAUUGAGCAGGACGGCGUAACGCAACGUCUUUGGCCUCAGGGUAAUAUCAAGGUGUGCUUCGAGCAGGCCGUGUGGGGACCCGACUCUAAAUCUACAGAAGACAUCCUACGCGGCCCGUUAGAAGAGGCUCGUGGGCUCUGGAGAGAUAAGGGGCUGGACGACGAUGAAGGCUGGUUCAAGUGGGAUGUACAGGACGAUAAAACGUGGUGCAGCGACCGUUACAACCGACCCAGCUUCUUGCUAGUAAUAUACGCUGGAAUCGGAGUAGCCAACAUGGCAACGACACCCGGAAUGGGCCCUAACCUAAGUCCAGCCAACCUAGACAACACGUACGAGAAGCUCGGCCCGCGAAUGGUGCUCAGCGAUGUUCUAACCAUGGGGCACCGAAACGUUGUAGCAAAUUACGCACAUGAGAUGGGCCACUCCUGGGGAUUCCAUCACGAACACCAGAAUCCAGAUUGGUGGGCUGAGUCCUGGAGUGGCGAGCCACGCGAUGAUUACUUUUUUGGCGACGGAAGCUUCUUUUGUGAACGGCUGGCUGACUACGCCGCUGCUACUGCCCGUAUCGAUGAAAGUACCUUUCUAACCAUUAGCGAAAAAGCUAAGGAAAAGGAACUAUUAUGCCACAGUCGCAAGAUCGCAUCUGAUUGGUCUUUUGCAGGUGGUCUCAAUUAUCUACCCGUGCUGUUGGGUGGGCAAUGGGACAAGAAAAAGCAGCCUGACUGGACUUCUAUUAUGAUCUACCCCAGCACGGCUGGUAACGGCAAUACGGGUGACGGGACAGAUCAGGCUAUUUUACUCACCAAGCCAAACGGAGAUGUCAUCAAGCCCGUAACCAGGCCCAGCUCUCUCGAUAUCGAAGGCUUGCGCAAGAUGUACGGGUCGCCUAAAAAGACCAUUGGACAGCUGCUCAAUAAAAAGGGGAGUGCGUACUUUAAUACGUUUAAGAACGUUUUGAAGAAGGACCCGGAUGCGGGUUGUUUAUCUUAG